UCUUAUUUGUCAUUUACCAAAUUUGGUUAGGUCACCGUCAUAUAAAGUACUAUAAAUCGUUAAAUCGUUUACAUGACUGUGGGUUAAGUCACGAGGUUACGUGUUCAAUGUAAUAAGUGAUUUAGUGUGAUUUUAUUUAUAAUUUUAUAUUUGUCUUAGUAACUAGUUAUCUAAUCUCGAAGGGAAAGGAAUUAUAUCAAAAAUCAAAAUAGAUAUAUAACAAAAUAUAAUUUAUACAUAUGACAAGGAUAGAAAAGAAAUGUACAAGAAUGAGUAAUACAGAAGAACUUAUGACUGAUAUUUAUAACACCUUAGUACAAAUAAGAUAUCCAAAAAUUACAACAGCUUUAGCAAACAAUAUAGAAGCAACAAUUCUUAACGGAGAGAAUCGACUUUCAUUAUUAUCUUGGCUUUUGGCUGAAAAGUUUCCCUUGAUAGCUUCCAAAUUACAAAAGUUAAAAGGCGCUGCUUUAGAAGAAGAGUUACUAAGAUCUUAUUCUGAAAUUGGAAUUUGUACUGAUAAAAAAUUAUUACUGGGAAAUUGCCUGUUAAAAGAACAACUUCCAACUUUAAGAUUAUUAUUGGACUUUAUGAAAUGUUUAUUCCUUAAGCCUUUUGAUACUGAAUAUGAUGAAAAAGAAUCCACUGAUAAUAUAUUAAAUGUCUAUAUCAAUGAAGAUUCAAAUACGUUCACAUGUAAUGUUGAACCAAAAUUAAAUUAUUCUGAAUCUAUGCAGUAUUUCGAAAAUUUGCAAAAGGAUCUAAAUGAACAUCAAGGAUUAUUAUCAACUUUUGAAUCUAAAAAAGAAGAACGUGUAGUGGAACAGGUUUCAAAAGAUGAAAAAAAGAAAACUAAUGAAAAUGAUCGAGAUUCUUUAUUUAAUGAGGAAAAAAAGAAUUUUAUAGAAGCAUAUUCAUCCAUUGAUUCAUGGUCACCAUUUAAUGCAAAAAGUGUGAAGAAUAAAUCAUACUCCAUGGAUGCUGAUAUUAACGAUAUAUAUUCAAAAUUUUCUUCUUUAACACAGUUUCUACAAGCAAAGGAAGAAAUAUUGAAUGCUAAUAUACCAAAAGAAAUAGGGAAAUUAAAUACUCCAUUGAAUGAAACUGUUGAAAAUAUUGUUACACAUACUGAAGAAGCUAAGAAUGGAUAUGUGGAUACUUAUUGAUUUCUAAUAUUAACUUUCUUCCAAGUGGCUUUUAAAAUAUCAAUCCUUAAAUUUAUAUUUUUGUACUCUCAUAAAAAUAAAAACAUUUAUGGAUAUUAAUAAGAUA